AUGGACAACAGGUCCUCCGUCCGGACCCUCAAACCUCCGAUUCUCGCGGAUGGCUUCCUCUUCUCGGGUGUCACCGCAGUGAUCCUCCUCCUCUUCUGGGCUCUCUACUCCGUCGUCGGACCUACCAGGCUACCCUCCUCUCCUCACUUCGCGAAGCCACUGUCUUCACAUAGCUUCACGCCCUCCCUCGCCUUCGCGCCGUCGUCUACGAAUUCCAAUACUUGCGCCGAUCUCCGCCACGAUCCACCCUCUGCCACCUUCUACGAUGAUCCCCUCCUCACCUAUACUGUUGGACGCCCUGUGGGCAACUGGAACGAGAAGCGCAGGGAAUGGAUGGAGCAGCACCCCUCCUUCAAGCCCGGAGCCGCUUGGCGCGUCCUCGUGGUCUCCGGUUCGCAGCCGCAGCCUUGCCAGAGCCCGAUCGGUGACCACCUACUUCUUCGCUUCUUCAAGAACAAGGUGGACUACUGCCGCAUCCACGGCAUGGACAUCUACUACAACACGGCGCUGCUCCACCCGAAGAUGUUCACCUUCUGGGCCAAGAUCCCACUGGUCCGCGCCGCCAUGGUGGCGCACCCCGAGUGCGAGUGGAUCUGGUGGGUCGACUCGGACGCGAUCUUCACGGACAUGGAGUUCGAGCUGCCGCUGCGUAAGUACGCAGCCCACCACCUGGUGGUCCACGGGUGGCGCCACCUCGUUUACGAGAAGAAGAGUUCGACCAGCCUCAACGCCGGCGUCUUUCUGAUCAGGAACAGUCAGUGGUCCAUGGAGUUCCUAGACGUGUGGGCCAGCUUGGGCCCGCAGUCCCCAGAGUACGAUAGAUGGGGCAAGACCCUCAAGUCCGAGUUCAAGGACAAGAUAUUCCCCGAGUCCGACGACCAGUCGGCGCUCAUCUACCUCCUACUCCGGCAGGGGGACCGGUGGGGGGACAAGAUCUAUCUCGAGAGCGACUACUACUUUCAGGGCUACUGGGUGGAGAUUGUGGGCCGCCUGCAGAACACGAGCAACCGGUAUCUGGAGAUGGAGCGGCGGACGCCGGCCCUUCGGCGGCGCCGGGCGGAGAAGGUGGCGGAGGCUUAUGGGGCAGCGAGGGGGGGGAAAUUGGAGGCCGAGGGGUGGCGGGCCGGUCGAGAAGGAUGGCGGCGUCCCUUCAUAACACACUUUACCGGUUGCCAACCCUGCAACGGCAAGCACAACGAGCUCUACUCCGAGGAGGAGUGCCGGAAAGGGAUGCAGGAGGCGCUCAACUUCGCCGACGAUCAGGUCUUACGUCACUAUGGCUUCGCUCACCGGGACUUGCUGGCUUCUGCCGACGUCAAGCCCUUGUCUUUCGACUUCCCCGCCUAG